CAGUCAUCUGAGUCAAUUUUUUCCGGCGUUUACAAUCCACCCCCAGGUUCCACAUGUCGUCCAACCUCGUCUGCUUUAACCGUGAAUAAAUGUAUUUAGUCAGUCAAAUAUCAGCAUGUCUUUAGUUACCAAAAUAUGUAAACUCUGUGUGUUCUUGGGGUUUACGAUCCUGGCCGUGCUUUUAGUGAAACACUGGUUGGCCACCAAACAAUACGUGUUUACUAAGGAAGACGUCGCUAAGAUAGCCACACAGUAUGCAGGGCAGGACCAUGAACAAGCCUUUGCCAAGAUCGUGGUGGAACUCAGGAAAAGAUAUCCUGGUCACAUCCUGCCAGACGAGGACCUCCAGUGGGUUUUUGUGAACGCUGGCGGGUGGAUGGGCUCCAUGUGUCUCCUCCACGGCUCCCUCACCGAGUACGUCCUGCUGUUCGGCACAGCCCUGGACACCGGAGGACACUCAGGUCGCUACUGGGCUGAGAUCUCUGACACCAUCAUCUCUGGAACAUUCCACCAGUGGAAGGAGGGGACCACCAAGAGUCAGCUAUAUUACCCAGGUGACACCCUGGUGCACGGGGUGGGCGAGGCGGCGGCGGUGCAGUGGUCUUCAGGGACCUGGAUGGUGGAGUAUGGCCGGGGCGUCAUCCCCUCCACGCUGGGUUUCGCUCUGGCAGACACCAUGUUCAGCACCCUGGACCCCCUCACCCUGCUGCACACUGCACGCAUCUACUGCAAGGCCCUGCUGCUUGAGGCCACCACCACACUGGAGCACUACGGCUUUUUCUGAGGACACAUCCCCCAUGAAGACCCGCCUAUAUGAGGACUCUCACCCCUCUGACAACACGCCCCCCUUCUCUGUUGACACACCCCUCUAUAACCCCAUUCCCCUCUACCACUCAUGAGACACUACUCUGAUAACAUGCAUCCGUUGAAGACCGGCUGGCUUCAAAGAUUGAUCCAUUCUACUUGUGACGUCACUAAUGGUUAGAUGUGAUGUUCUGUCUACACAGGGCUGGUGAAUCUGUGUUGUUGCCUGUGUUCUCAUCUCAUAUUGACUCAUUGUUCCCAGCCAAGCGUGUUUUAUUACACGGCACACCAGUUCCACUCAAGGAUUGCACACAUUAUUUUAUAGUAAUGACAUUUUUUUUUAUAAUAAAGUUAAUCUCCCAACUUCAAAAUUACUUUCUGCCUAGAUCAAAAAAAUAUUUUACAUCUUGGUGUGAUCUCAGAUGUUCUGGACUGGUCAAUAUUUAAAUCAGACAACAUGUAACCACUCUUUAGGUUAACUCAUCAGUCACUGUUAAACCAACAUGUUGUAGCCUCAAGCUAACUGGUCCACAUCUUAUAGAAAUACAGGUUGUACUUAUACAUACCACGAUCAGUAGCCCCUUUAUAUACACCAUGAGUAAGACCCUAGUCCUACCGCACUACGAAGACGACUGCCCAACAUGUAAAAAAAUAAUAAUAAAUACGAAUGAAACAUGACCUUGUUUAGUGAACAUAAGUGGUUUGUUUCAUGACCUCAUCCCUAUAA